AUGGCAUCCACUUUAUACUCCACAAGCGAGUUUAUCCUACUAUCCCUUCCUUUAAAUGUUAAACCUGUCACUACUCCAGAUUUAGACACUGAUAGUUGGUUGCAACAAAAUUUACUCAACGGUAAAGCUCUGGUGUCCAAUUUCAAUGUCCCAGAAUUCAAAGUGGGAUCUCUAGAUAGUCUCAUCGUUGAUUCUGAAGAGUUGAAAAAAAUAGAUACUCAAAUUGAAACCUCAUUAUCUAAGAUUAUUGAAAUUCUCAAUGGGUUAAACGAAUCUAGUUCCAACGCGUACAGGACUUUACCAAUAAAUAAUGUCCCCGUACCACAAUAUUUGGAGAAUUUCCAAUGGCAAGUAAGAAAAUUUAAACUAGAUAAAUCCAUUAAAGAAUUGAUUGAUUUAAUUUCAAAUGAAUCUGCUCAAUUGGACACUGAUGUAAGAGCCACUUUCACUAAUUAUAACAACGCAAAGACUAAUUUAGCUGCAGCGGAAAGAAAGAAAACUGGUGAUCUGUCAGUCAGAUCCUUACAUGAUAUUGUUAAACCAGAGGAUUUCGUUUUGAACUCAGAUCAUUUAACUACAGUUCUCAUCGCUGUCCCUAAAAAUUUGAAAUCAGAUUUUGAAAAAUCUUAUGAAAGAAUGACUGAUAAUGUUGUUCCAGGUUCAGCUGGGAUUAUCGCCACUGAUUCAGAAUAUAUUCUUUAUAAUGUACAUCUUUUCAAGAAGAACGCCCAAGAGUUUGUUAAUGUUGCUAGAGAAAAAAAAUUCAUUCCAAGAGAAUUCAAUUAUUCUGAAGAAUUGAUUGAUCAAUUGAAAAAGGAACAUGAUUCUGCUGCUAGUUUAGAACAAUCAUUACGUGUUCAAUUAGUUAGAUUAGCAAAGACUGCAUAUGUCGAUGUGUUUAUUAAUUGGUUCCAUAUUAAGACAUUGCGAGUAUAUGUAGAAUCCGUGUUACGUUAUGGAUUACCACCACAUUUCAACACUAAGAUUGUGGCUGUACCUCCAAAGAAUUUGGAGAAAUGUAAGAAGGAAUUGAUUGAAGCCUUUGGCUUCCUCGGUGGGAAUGCCUUUGUGAAGGACAAGAAGGGUAAAAUUAAUAGCAAGGAUACUUCGUUGAAUCAAUAUUCAACAUUGAUUGAUACUGAUUAUGAACCAUUUGUGCUAUACACUAUUACUCUUUAG